AAAAAAUUCUAAUCCCGCUAUUCCAGGCAAAAAUGUGCGAUGACGACGUUGCAGCACUUGUAGUCGACAAUGGCUCCGGUAUGUGCAAAGCCGGAUUUGCCGGAGACGAUGCACCACGAGCGGUGUUCCCUUCGAUUGUUGGUCGCCCACGACAUCAGGGUGUCAUGGUCGGUAUGGGACAGAAAGAUUCGUAUGUUGGAGAUGAGGCACAGUCAAAGAGAGGUAUCCUUACCCUCAAGUACCCUAUCGAACAUGGAAUUGUGACGAAUUGGGAUGAUAUGGAGAAGAUCUGGCAUCACACUUUCUACAACGAGCUGCGUGUUGCUCCUGAGGAACACCCCGUUCUCCUCACCGAAGCUCCUUUAAAUCCCAAGGCCAACAGGGAGAAGAUGACCCAGAUAAUGUUCGAGACUUUCAACACGCCAGCCAUGUACGUUGCUAUCCAAGCAGUACUGUCGCUGUACGCAUCUGGACGUACCACGGGUAUUGUCCUUGAUACUGGAGAUGGUGUCACCCAUACCGUACCAAUUUAUGAGGGUUAUGCUUUGCCGCAUGCUAUUCUCCGAUUGGAUCUAGCUGGCCGUGAUCUCACCGAUUAUAUGAUGAAAAUUCUCACUGAGAGAGGAUACUCAUUCACCACCACUGCUGAAAGGGAAAUUGUCAGAGAUAUCAAGGAAAAACUUUGCUACGUCGCUUUGGACUUUGAGCAAGAAAUGGCUACUGCUGCUUCGUCUUCAUCGCUUGAGAAGAGUUAUGAACUUCCCGAUGGACAAGUUAUCACGAUCGGUAACGAACGAUUCCGUUGCCCGGAGGCACUCUUCCAACCCUCCUUCUUGGGAAUGGAGUCCACUGGAAUCCAUGAGACCACAUACAAUUCAAUCAUGAAGUGUGAUGUCGACAUCAGAAAGGAUCUGUACGCUAACACUGUACUGUCUGGUGGCACAUCUAUGUUCCCAGGAAUUGCUGAUCGAAUGCAGAAGGAAAUUACUGCUUUAGCUCCCAGCACCAUGAAGAUCAAGAUUAUUGCCCCACCUGAACGUAAAUAUUCGGUCUGGAUUGGUGGUUCCAUCCUGGCUUCUCUAUCCACUUUCCAACAAAUGUGGAUCUCUAAGCAGGAAUACGAUGAGUCUGGGCCGUCCAUUGUUCACCGCAAGUGCUUCUAAAUGAUAUGUUUUGAUAUUUGAUAUUCUACUGUGUUAGAAUGUUAAACUUACCCGCUCGCCAGUCAUUGUUCUUGUCUCUAAAACAGUGCAAAGCUCAUUUUGUUUCGAUUUGAAUUUCGACCUGCAACACGGGGAUGUGUUAGGUGCCACCUUCUGACGCCCCAAUUAUUUUGCUUGAUAUGGCAUAAUUUAUGACAUUUCUUCUCGUAGCCUGAUGAUUUGUGAAUUUUUUUUUCGUUUGUGUUGUUCAUAGCUCCAAGUUUCUUCUCAUUCUGAAGAUCUAUUAAUAAAUUUUGAGAAAUUGUCGUCUU